AUGGGGAAGCACUACAACGCGAAGAAGGGUCGCGCCAUGAAGACGCCGUCCUGGUCGAAGGUGAAGUACCAGUGCCACUCAGACGGUGAAGGCUUUCUUCGGCGUGAUCAGAUGAAGACAAGUUCAUCCCCGAUUCGACUGGUGCAACCUGUCCGCGAUGUGAAGAAGGCGUCCUCGGUCCUCUCGCCCCUCCCGAGCUGCUCACGCGCAUCGCUGCAGCAAGAAGAGAUGCCAACCCAUUCACCUCCGCCCGGUCUUCACGCCGAAGAAUGGUGCCACCCUCUCCAACUUCAGGCCGCAGCCCUCCUCUUGCGGCUGGGGAAUGUGUCCUUGAGCACCAUUCAUAUCCUGACCCAGAUCAACCACAAAGCGAUCGAGAAGAUGGGCCGCAACCUUGACUUGGUCCGCAAGUGGCACGUCCGGCGAGAGGAGAAGAAAAUUGUGUUCGGUGGCGCUGCACGAGCAUGGCGGGAUGUCGGGGUCGACGAGGCCACCUUUGAUAAGAAGACUCUUCAGCCCUUUGAGUUGUCUGACGCAGAUGCCAAGGCCAACAAGAAUGUCCGCUGGGAACAAUGGGCAGGCCUGAUACAACGCGGAUGUCCAAAGACGCUCGUGCUGUUCAACCUCAAGCCUCCCAACACUGUGGACUGGAAGCCCAUCGCUCUCACGUGGCUGCAGAACAGACGGGUGGUCCUGCAUUCCGACUCGGCCCGGUCAUACCGCCUCAAAGUGCCUGGCGUGCUUCGCGACGCCGUCGCGCACAAGAAGAAGCGAGUCAAGAAAGGCAACACGCAUGUCUGGGUGAAGCCAUCCUACGUCAAGAUCUCCAAGCACAAACUCCCAGACGGCCGCCUUCUGAAGACUAAGUCUGGUACUCAGAUCAUAGAUCGAGUUUGGCGUUUCAUUUGCGUCGCAACCAGUGUGUCGCUGCUUCCUCCAAGGCGCUAG